CUAGUUCAAAAAAAUACCCAAAAAUAUUUUAAUGACAAACUAAAAGGACUGAAAAACCAAACUAUCUAGCCGGAGACGACAACGAGGCUACCGCUCUUCAUCUUUUCCGGCGAUCAGCAAUGGCGUCAUCUUCACCGCCGGUCACCGAUAACUCCACUCCGAACCGCGCAUCAGCUCCUAUCACCACCGCCAUCUCUCCAGCGAUCAAUUCGUCGCGAAAUCUCCGCGGCCUCAACAAACCUAAGUGCAUCAAGUGCGGAAAUGUCGCGCGCUCCAGGUGCCCGUAUCAGUCAUGUAAGAAUUGCUGUGCAAAAGCUCAAAACCCGUGCCAUAUACAUGUUUUGAAGGGCAGUACCAGCUUUCCAGACAAGGCACCAGCUACUGGCUCUCCUUCAUCCGAACAGCAGCCUCAUGAUGUAUCCCCCUCUGGGAAUCCUCAUAGGUUAAGUUCGGUUCGUCAACUUUCUAGCAAUUUCUCCCAAUUUAACAAUUUGCAGAACCCUAUUCGUUCAAGGAAGCCAUUGACUGUAAAGGAAGCUGGAGAAAUAAAUGAAUGGAGGUAUCAGAAGGUGCAGGAGUACAAAGACAUGAAUAUCGAAGUAGAAAAUGAAGCAUUUGAUCGAUAUAUGCGAAAUGUCAGUUUACUGGAGGAAGUGUUUAACGUGAAAUCCACACCUGAUGGGCCUGUAAAUGAUGGGGGAUCACCAAUAUCAGAUGGGAAUGCUACUUCUGCAGAAGAUGAAAGGCAAAUGGAAAUAGCAAAGAUAAAGUCGAUACUUAGAUCUGAUCCAACUAGAGCUGAAAACUUCAGAAACAGAAUGCAAUGCGCUGUUGAUGAGGUUUUAAAGAAACUGCAGAAAACUGAGGCACAUGAUGCUGGUACCGAAAGCAGCGAGCAAGAAGAAUAUGUUGGAAGUCCAGGAAAGAAGAAUUUGAGUUGGAAUGAGGCGGUGGCUGCCCUUAUUGACAAAAUCAAUAAAGCCCAGAAUGAGGAAGAUCUGAAAGUCUGUAUGGAGAUGAAAGAUCAGCUUUUUAAUCAGCGUACUGAGAGUCCUCAAGCAGAAUCGGAAAGUGUUCCAAUUCCUAUGGCUCUCCAGACUGAUGAUGUGGUCAAUCUCCAGACCGAUGAUGUGGUCAAACCUCAAUUCGCCCAUCCCCCAGUGAAGUGUGUUACCACAAAACCUGUAGAUCCUGAAGAGUUUAAACAAAUUAGCGCAUACUUUGAUUCCUUGGAGGAUAUUGAAGAGCUCUAGUCUAUUGAUGACUUCUCGCCCAAAAACUUGAAUGUUUCGGUUUGGAAUCGAAUAGCGAGCAAUCGAGCAAAAAUUUACAAAAGUUUUAGAACACCUCAGUCUUCUGCAUCUUCACAAGUUGAGACUGAGAUGAUAACUAGAACUUGUAUUCCCGUUUACUUUACCUAUGUUAUAAAAUUUUGAACACCUCAGUGUUGUUUUAUUUGUUCACAAAGUUAGAAUUGUAAGUUGGAUGUGAAUUAUAUUUUCUUGUUUAACGUUACUGUGCUAUAUAAGGCUAUAACUAUAGAACACAUUAGUGAUAUUUCUGAAUUAGUGGG